AUGAGCUGUACAACAGCGCACGCGCAUGAGUUGUAUCAGUUGUACGCAUCACAUCUCAUUAAGCGAGACAUUUGGGAUGUUAAACGAUCUGUGAUGGAGCAGCGCUUUCAAUUUGACCCGUUUGCCCCGCAAAUAUCUUGUGCAGGAAUACAUGAGCACCACAAAAUACUCGAUGACUUAGGCGAUGAAAUGGUAGUCAUCAACCAGGCGUACACACGGCUGUGGCCAGCGGCUCAACGCGAUUGCACUUACCUCACUAGCAGGCGGAGGGUCGACGACACAGAUAUAUAUGCCGUGAUCAACUACAGUGUCAACCAUCCUGACGACCACAUCCCCGCCUCCUUUGUGCGCGCCAGUGCGGAGGUGGGUAUGGUGUGCGAGAGUGUUAUAAGGCCGCAAUGCACCGAAACCUCGCUAGACGCACUCACGCGGCAAGACAUCCAAACAAAGAUAUACUACCAGGCCAAGAUCAGUCCGGGUGGCUGGGUGCCGGCGGCAGUCGUUCGCGAGACGUCAAAGAGAGAAUAUCCAAAGUUCCUACAUCAAUUGGGAAAAGGCUGUACCGAGCACUUCAGCGAUCGGCCGUUAGACUGCUCCACUGUCAAGAAAGCCUUUGAAUCAAGACCGCCUCCAGCCGAGUGAUUCUGACCAGUAGAAUAUAAAGAAAACAUGCUAGAGUAGAUGUGACGUAUUGUAGUCGGCGUGACAGUGUACUAGCGAAGGAAUAGGUCUGAGCAGUGGAUGCAACUCACUCCUGUGAAUAUGCUAUUGGCUAGUGGGGUUUGCGGGGUUGGCGUGAAUAGCAUUAUACUUCAUAUAUCAAUCAGCGCGAGCCUAGACUUCGUUACUACCACAGACUUCUUCUGGAAUUACAGAGAGCCGCACUAGUCGGUCUAUAAACCAUGAUUAUUGUGAGACAGAGGUGACAAAUUCGAAAUACGUAUUCGUGACUGCUUACUACUCCACGUUGACUAAGAAGUCUUACCCAUGUGCAUAUUCCGGCUGCGGCAAGCGUUUCAGCCAAGCGACUCAUCGAACAAUUCACCAGUGUCUGCACAGUGUUGGAGCCCAUAUGCGUAUGAAUUAUUUCCAGGCUGCGACAUAGAGUUUUACUUCCUCCACACAUAUGUCAUACCACCGGCGAUCGCACGAUAGAGAGUGGCAAUGCAGAUGGGAAUGACCUGGCUGUACCUUCAGGGCUAAUCAGAUAUCUGUUUCCAAACAGCACAAGUGCACACGCACCGACGAGCGUAUCGUAUGCUGAUUCGGUGGAUGCGAUAAGCACUUCUCGUCAUCCAGAGGUGUGACAAAGCACAUGUUGCGAUUUCAUACAUGCCCAUCUGAGGUGUUUUUUGGUGUGGGGGAGGGUGACUAGGGAUCACUGCUAUCUGGACCAAUAAGCAAUACCGAUUGAUUACAGCUAAUACCUCUGCUACGAAUGGCAGUAUUCAAUUGCUGAAUUAAAAAGGUGUAGGUAU